CUGUCUGCCUUGGCUGAAGUCAGAUGUUGUAGAGGAGUUUAGAUCCAGGCUUCACUUUGUCAUCUGGACUCUCUCUGUUGGAAGAUGAUGCUUUCUACGGACACUCUCUAAGGACCAUCUCUAGACACAACCUCACACACAAAUGUACACACUACACCACACAUACUCACACACGCGUGUUGUAGAUGAGCGUCAAUUGGCGUUCGGAUCAGUCACAGUGUUUGUGAUUGGCUGGAGCAAGCUGGGAUGUCAUCGCCGAUGCUGCUGUUGCCUCUGCUGCUGUUUCUCGGGUUAAGGGUCAUCAACGCAGCUGCAGAGACACGGAGACCAUGCAGAGACCUGCUCCCCCUGGACCUUCUGUCCCGUGUUCUCUCCAGGGCAGGGGAGGGGGCAAGGGGGGUAACAGGAGGGGGGGUGCAUCUGAUCCAGUCUGGGGGUGUGAAGGGUGUCCGUCUGUCCCGUCCUCACCCUUCCCUGGACUUCCCGUCCUCCCAGCACCUCGUCAACUGUCACCUCUUCCCCAGAGAGUUCUCCAUCGUCACCACCGUGAAGGUCAGCCUCGUCGCCCCUAAGAAAAACGAGUACAUAUUUUCUGUGGUGGAGGAAAAGGAAGAAGAGGAUGCAAGGAUUGGAAAGAGGAAGGGGGAGACACAGGGAGGAACUGAGAGUGAUGAAGAGCGGGAUGGAGAGACAGAUGGAGGGGGAGAAAGACUAAUGGACGGAGAGAAGAGGAAGGGGAGUGGCGAUGGAGAGAACAGCAACAGUCAGGGACAGCUUCUGAUUGGCCUGCGGUUCUCCAGAGACGGACUCCACUUCCUGUUCAGAGGUCGCAGCGGGGGGGUCAUGGCCCGCUGGGUUUUCCGAGGCAUCCAAUUGGCUGAUGAUCGCUGGCACACGUUGGUUUUAGCAUUUAGCGGACACUACGCUACUCUCACUGUGGACUGCAACACACACCUGGAACUCAGGGUUCACUCCAAGUCGUUGCCCUCUGACCUCAGUGUUCAGGGUUCCAGAUUCCACAUCGGCAGCCGAGGGAGAUGGAAUGGCCUUUUCUCAGGUCUGAUCAGACAGCUGGUCCUGGUGCUAGGCUCUGAUGCCACCCCUCGUGUCUGCCCGUCCUCCAACCCCGGGCUGGCAGAGCUGGCUGUGCCCGCGGUACUGCUAGACCUACCACAGAAAGAGACUAGGAGUGACCUCACGCUGCCUUCAUAUGAGUCAGAGGUGCGGGUGUCUGUGGGGCUGGAGAAGACCUGUUCCAGUUCAGUAAGAGGACAGCUGUGGUUCAACCCCGUCAGGAGAGCUCUCUACCUCUGUGAUGGUACACUCUGGGUCCCCAUGCUGCAAGAGUCCCAGAGACUAGACUAUGUCUUGGAGCAGCAGGUCCUCUCCACCAGUUCAGAGACGUAUGAUAUGGAGGUGUUCAGUGUACACGGGCUGGGUUUGAUGGCAGCAAUGGCCCACCGCUCCCCCUCCCUGGGCUCUGCAAUCUACCUCUGGAGAGACGGAGGCUUUCACCUUUACCAGAAGAUCAGCACACAUGGAGCUCUCUCCUGGAGACACUUUACUAUGGGGAAGAAGAUAUUCCUGGUGGUGUCUAACUCCAGGGAGAGCACAGGGAAGGAGGAGACAGUGGAGAAAGAUGAACUGUCAGUGAUCUACAGGUGGAAUAAAAAGACACAGAGGUUUGUUCAUUACCAGGCGCUCCAGACACACUGUGCACGGGACUGGGAGGCCUUCCGCAUCCAAGGACACACCUACCUCGCCGUGGCCAACCACAGACAAGGUAAUACCAACCACACCAUAGACAGUGUGGUCUACAAGUGGGACCGUGGUACGCAGCUGUUUGAACCACACCAGGCCCUGCGGACCUCUGGGGCUUACGACUGGGAGGCCUUCACGGUCGGACCCUACCACUUCCUGGCUGUGGCGAACGCGUUCGACGGACAGACCACUCACGUUGACUCGGUCAUCUAUGUCUGGGUGGAUGGAAGUUUCCGCUUGUUUCAGACUAUUAAGACAUUCUGUGCCACAGACUGGGAGAUGUUCCAGAUCGGCAGCAGGGUCUUCCUGGUGGUUGCUAACGGACACCAACUCCAUGGCAACGGCCCCGGUCGCUAUGCCAUCAACUCGACCAUCUACGAGCUGGACAUGAGCUCUCAGCUGUUCCUGCGUUUUCAGGACAUCGUCACAUACAGUGCUGUUGACUGGGAGUUCUUCACAGUAGGAGAGGAGAGUUACCUGGUUGUUGCAAACUCCUUCGAUGGAGAGUCUCACUCUCUGAACAGCAUUAUCUACAGGUGGCAGGGAUACGAGGGCUUUGUUCCCAUUCACCGGCUUCCCACCAUCGGAUGCAGCGACUGGGAAUUCUUUACUUCCGGAGAGGAGUCCUAUCUGAUCUACUCCAGCGCCACGGCACCUCUCUCCAAAGUCUUCCGUCUGAAAACACACUGACACGUGACACAAUAUCAUAUCAGGGACAACAUGGAGAAACAUUAAAAAAUGAAAUCUCCACUGAUGUAAUAAGGAAUGUUACAUUAUGUUGUUGUACUGGGUCACAUUUGCAGAGAGAGAGAGUAUCAGUAGAUAUACAUUUUUGUGUAUAAGUACUGUAUAUAACUUUAACAUUAGUCAUAUUUGUUGCCUAUCAUUUUGUGAAAAUAAUUUAUUGAUGUAAUAGAAAUGUGUAAAAAAUACAGUAUGUUUCAUUUGUGUCUUACUGCAAAUUCUACCGCUUAUGUAAGAAUAUUGUUUCAGAAUGAUUUUAUGAAAUCUGUAUUUCAUAGGGUCCCAUACUAGGGGAGCAGCGAAUGGAAACUGUAGAGCUCCACAGCUUUUUCCCAAUCUGCAUUUUCUAUAAAAGCUGUUCACCACUUGAACCAACUUGCAGAAACCUUAAAGAGAUACUUCAGGAUUUGUAUUUAUUUAACCUUUAUUUAACUAGCCCUUUAUCAACUUCCCCAGAGUCAGAUGAACUCGUGGACACCAUUUUUAUGUCUCUGCGUGCAGUUGAAGGAAGUUGCUAACUAGUGUCUGCGCAAUUGCUGGUAGUCUAUGGUAACUGCUAGCAUGCUAGUAGAUACCAUAGACCUCCAGUCAUUGCGGUAAUGCUAGUUAGCAUUGGCUCGCGAAACUACUUCUAACUACUGGAUGCAGAGUGAAAGAGAGUAAUCUGGCUCCAGGUAUUUUACUGGUUUUUGACUCACUGACACUGCCCCCGGUUAGAAGGGAAUGAAACUGCCCAAGAGUUAACACACAGGAACUUUAAACACACCGAGGAAGAUGAACAUGGGGGGAAAGUGGGAAAAGUAGUGGAAUGGUAGUAGUUCUGUUGAAGGAAGUCAAAGGCAAUGAAUAUACUGUACAUAUGAUAACACAAGAGCAUAAUAACAGUAAUAAAGGUCUGUAUAAAUGGCA